AUGCCCAACAAACCCCCCGACCCGAAUAGCCCUAGUGCUUCAGACAGCCCAAGCACUCUGGACAACACCCCCGUCACGAUCAACGACGUCAUGAACACCGCCGGUGUGGGCUCCCUCAUCUUAAGCUAUCUGGACAACGACAUGGAUGAUAUACGCGACGUGGCACUUGUCAACCAUGUCUUUUAUCGCGCGGCCGAACCCUAUCUCUGGAAGGGGAUCUGGGUGCCAUAUUUGGACUCCCCGCCGGAGGAACCAGACUGCGAAGAAGAAGAAGAUGAUGGUGGUGGUGAACAAGAAGGAGAAGAAGGUGGAGAAGAAGAAGGAGAAGGGGAAGAAGAAGAUGGGGAAGAAAGAGAGGAGGGCGACGAAUACCUCGCCCGGACCGCCCCCUUCUGGGAAUGGUACGGGGAACACCUAAGACUUCACACGCGCUCCCUGGUGGUGGAUCUCAAAUUCAUCAAUCCCGAGCUCUACGAGGCCCUUGAUAGAAUUGGCUACUUCAGGCGGUAUAAGGUGCGCGGGCGUACCGACCACCUAGCCAAGCUCGACGUAUUAUAUUUUGGGGCCAGGAAAGUUUUAGCCCAAACAAAACACCUCGUCAAGUUUACGGCGAGAAAUGUGCCUGGGAUGCAGGACCUCGUCAAGUCACCUAGCCAACCCUCCUUCCUCAAAGACCACCCUGAUAUCCAAGAGCUAGAGUUCUCAGGCGCAUUACGCGAUCCUGUCGGACUCUACCUGAUCCGCAAACACAAACCGCGGCGCUGGUGGAUGUCAACGAUUCUCAACCAAGCGUCCUACCCGCUUACCAACCUGAGUUUUCCCAACCUCAGGAUUCUGUCGUUGACCGAUCUGAGGUAUGGCUUCGACGGCGAUCAUGGAGAACAGCUAGAUCUGGUCCGUCUGGUGCACCUUCUGGGCAGUGCGCCAAACCUCGCCCAUCUGAGGCUCUCUUUAUCCAACGACGGAGGGGAUCCCGAACUCGAACACCCGCUAUUCGGUAUGCCUGGACUUAUCAACGGAUACUGUCGGAAACCCUCUCACUUUCUCUCGCAUCUGUGCAAGGAGUAUAACCGCCCCUGCUUCCAGCCGCUCCAACUGCAGACUCUUUGGCUCGGCUCGGGAUGUAAUGUCAAACGCAGAAAGGACCCAACCAGUCGACUUCGGAGACUGGUGGAUUUCGACUGCCUGGAGGAACUUCACGUUGAGAGGCCGGUCCCCAGAGACGGCACUGCUUGUAGUGAGACGGCUGAAUCUACUUGCCUUGGAGAGCGCCCUCCAGAGGACUUCAUCCGAUGCCGCUGGGUACAAACCAUCAAUGUCGGCGGGCUAUCAAGACUCCGUAAAGUUACUCUUACUUGGGGGCAGGGAAGGCUGUUUUGGGAACUCUACGGACAUCCCAAUCCAGCUUUCCACAACCUCACGCUGCGCAAAGACCCGAGUCCGAAGUAUACGAUCAGGAUCACGGAGGAGUGUAACCAGUGGCUCGACAUGUGUGAUAUCUUUGACGGAAAAGAUUACCGGAGCCUUCUUCAUUCCUCGCUGAAUCUAAAUGGGCUGGUGCUUCCCACCGACGGGACCAGCCCAGAUGAAUCGAUACAGUUCGUACACUCCGUGCUAGUACGGGCGCCUGGCUUGAAGGCACUCAAAAUUCGCCUAUCCAAUGUUUCAGCCAUCCUCAAGGGUAACCUGGGCGAAAGGUCUACAAAGCGCAAGUCUUAUGCAACAGGUACAUUGUGUAUGCCAAGCCGAAAGCCGCAUCCCGGCCGCGAUCCGCUAGAAUUCUGGAACAUCCUUUCUAAGAUGACUCUUCUGCGUGAGCUCUGGCUGGCCGAUGGUCUGGGGGAUUGGGACCAUAUGGUUCGUCGGAGCAAGCGCGUCAAUGAGCCCUUCCCAAAUAAGGACACAAUCCACCGGUUAGUCCCGGAUAUUAUUUAUCUGUUGCCUAACCUUGUUUAUUUGCGCAUCCUCGACCGUGCCUGGCAUGUCAAGUGGACAGCCCCUGGGUGCCUCGACCCGUACUUGGAUCCGGCGGUUGUCAAGGAAGGGUACCAUGUUUGCCACCUGUACGGGACCCGGUCGGGCAAGCGCCAGUACUUGAUGUGGCGCCAAAAGGUUCCCCAAUUUGACUGA